UGAAUCAUUCCAAUCCCAUAUACUCAUAUAUAUAGUCUAUACUUUCCGAAAUAUAUUAUAUUACAUACUUCGACAAAAAGAAAUACGUAGUAAUUUAUAAUAAGAAAUAAAUAAUGAGUAGCUCAAGAAAAAGCAGCAUCAAGGAAAAGACUUUCAGCAGCCUUGCCGACCUCAUCAGGCUACUCCCCACCGGAACAGUAUUCAUCUUCCAGUUCGCCAACCCAGUCCUGACGAACAACGGCCAAUGCUCCGCCGUCAACAAAUGGCUCUCCGCCACCUUUGUCGCCCUCUGCGGCCUCUCCUGCGGAUUCGCCUGCUUCACCGACAGUUACACGGAUGACAAGGGCCAGACACACUACGGCAUCGCCACCCGAAAAGGGCUCUGGCCAUCUUCAGGCGGCGACAGCGACACAUCGGCGUAUCGGGUCCGGUUAGGGGACUUCUUUCAUGCGGCGGUCACCAUGACGGUCUUCGGGGUGCUCGUGCUUCUUGACCGGAACACUGUGAAUUGUUAUUAUCCGGCGUUUGUGACGACUCAGAAUAUGCUUCUCAUGGUGCUGCCGCCUGUCGUUGGCGCCGUCUCUGGAACUGUGUUUAUGUUGUUUCCUCAGAGACGACAUGGGAUAGGGUACCCUGAGAGCCAGGGUGGUUCCGGCAAAGACACCAAUAAAUAAUACUCCAAGUUUGUUGAUUCCGAAAUAUAUAUAAUCUAGAAAAUAAAUAAGGUGAACGACAAGUUACCCAUUAAAAUAUUAACACUGAUAUAUCAUUCAUUUGAUUCAAAUCAUUAUUUCAUUUUAUUUACUUUGAUCCACAUGUACAAGGCAUGAAACAUUGAAAGUACGAUAGAUUUUGAUAAUCUAGUGGUGUAUUAUAUAUACUUCUAAGCUAUCUGCAAGCAAUUUAAUAAUCUUAUAUUGUGAAUGACGUUAUGCUAGUAGAUUAUUAUUGAAGAAUUUCGUUUGU